AUGAGCGUCAAAUGCAACAGCACCCCUUCUUGGAACAGUGCUAGGCCGUUUGGUGUCCUGCAAGUGUUGCUGCUAUUGACACUGCUCCUGUCUGCACUAAGUCCAUGCACCAGCCAAGAAAGCAAGAGAAAACUGGAGAAAGCUGAAGAGGAGACACUCUGCUUUCAUAAAGAUUUACAUACUGAACUACGCUGCAUGUGUGUGAAGACUACUUCUGGAAUUCAUCCCAGUUACAUCAAUGGUUUGCAGGUGAACAGGGCAGGAGCCCAUUGCCACAAAGUCGAAGUCAUAGCCACGCUAAAGGAUGGGAGGAAAAUCUGCCUAGACCCAGAAGCUCCGAUGGUCAAGAAAAUAGUCCAGAAAAUUUUGGAAAGUGGUGGAUCACCUGCUUAA